AUGUCUCACGGGUUUUCUGAGGAGCAGGUGCAGGAGUUCCAUGCAGCCUUUGAUAGCGUUGACAAGAACAAAGAUGGCAAAAUCAGCAAGGAGGAGCUGGGUGAUGUGAUGAAAAAGAUGGGCAAGCACCUCACAGAGGAAGAACUGAAGAUGCUCAUCUCCAAGCUGGACUCAGAUGGUGACGGUGCCAUCAACUUUGAAGAAUUCCUGGCGGCAAUGAAGAAGUUUAAGGACGGGAGCACAGAGCAGGAGAUGCGGGCUGUGUUCAGUGUCUUUGACCAGAAUGGUGACGGCCACAUCACCUUGGACGAGCUCAAGCAAGCCAUGGCCCAGCUGGGAGAGAAGCUUUCAGAUGAGGAGCUGAAUGCCAUGAUUCGUGAGGCCGAUGUAAACGAGGAUGGGAAGGUGAACUAUGAGGAGUUUGUGCGCAUCCUCACUGAGAAGUGA